AUGUCCGACGACAAACUGCUGGCAUUUGAUCCAGGAUACACUGAAUAUGCCCCUGCAGAUAAGAAAUGUGUGCUACCGGAAGUUGAAGAGUGGUAUGACGCAGAUAGCGAAACAGGGCCCGAUGGUCUCACAACCGAGAAGUGGCUUGGCCCUCUGGCUAGCCCUACCAACUCUGGCGUCUCUGUAUAUACUUCUGUUUUAUACCAAUCGAGAACAGGGGUUGCUUACUAUCCCCCACAAUAUACCUUAUUAUCAAAGGAUUUCAUAGACUGCGUAUCCGCCAUCCACUCUGAAACUAAAGUCACCUACAAGAUUUCUAAGUCCACGGGCUGGGCCUUCAAGACGACCGAAUUUACAAAGGUUACGGAUGUUCAUGCGGUUCCCGUGAUAGGUUGGAAUAUCAAUCACCCUGGAAUUGGACCCACCACUGUUACUGCCACUGCGACAAGCUCAUUCGAUACAAUGUCUUCUACGUCAACACAAGCACCUAUACCCAGAAGUAAUAGCAUCUCGGUAGGAGCCAAAGCGGGACUCGGUGUUGGCAUCACUAUGGCCGUCAUGGGGGUCAUGGUAGGUGCGUUUCUUGUCUAUUUACGAAUAAAGCGAAAUGCCAAAAAGGGUAUCGCAACUCAGCUACAUCCUAGGAGGUAUGGUCGCGAACCCAGCGAGUUCGAGGUGCCGCUACACUCUACAGGGGGUACCCCCACGGCGACCACUAGCAGAGCUAUCUGCGAUACGGGAACCAUCUGA